GUAACUUAGUUCGUCGGUUUAUCACAAAGAAACUUGUGAGGAAACCAAAGAACAAGAAAGGAGGUGGCAGUGAUGAUGAUGUCAACGAUGAAGAGAAACUCCCUUGGAAAAUAUGGCCUAGCAUAUCGAAGGAUGAUUGGGAGGCUUUCGUUCAUCAAAAAUGUAAAAAAGAAGAAAUUGAAAUGAGGGAGCAGAAUUCCAGGAAUGCGUUGCAAAAGCAAUACCACCAUCAUAUGGGAGCAAUGACGUAUGAUGAAUGGAGGGAUACGUGGGUGAGUGAAGGAGUAUACCCCACUGCGCUUCUAGGGUCCUCCACAGCGCCGUCUGACUCCACGACCAGUACUUUGGUGAGUCGUGCUGGGGAUUUCUUUUGCUCUAUGCAUUCGCGGGACAAGAAGACCGGAAAAUGGUCCAUCAAGGCUCCGGAAACCAAAUAAAUGACAGAUAAGCUACUUGAGUACACCGGAGAGCUUGUUGAAGGCAAGCUCGUCCCGACGGUAGAGAAGGAUCCCUUCACCUUGGCUAUGGGAAAACCCUACCAUCCGGGACGGGUAUUAUAUGCUGGGGGGAGCUUGCUAGGAUGGGAGAAGGUAAUGGGUCCCGAAUAUACCAAAUCUGGAAGAUCCGGAGCAAGUGUGAACUCGCCACAGAACUUCGAUGCCACAGUGGCAUCAAUUAAAGAACAAGUGCGCAAUGAGAUGCGCGAAGAGUUCAAUGCAUGGGCGAAGCAAAUGAAUUUGCCGACCUUGCCUUUUUCCUCGACAACACCGGCCGACUCAAGUAGCCACCCACGAAGAGAAGGAGAACAGGAGAUAAAUGCACGCGAGGAGAUUGGUACUCCUUCACAUGCGAACUCAAGGGGGCUUGAUACUCUGACACCUCAUGACUUUCCUAUUCUACAGGUGAUUUUUUACUUACUUGUUUGGAUAAUGAUAUUGGUUUUUGGAUUGUGUUGUGAAAUGGUUAAGUUGGCUGUGAAAUGGUGUUUCUUCGCUGUGUUGUGUUGUUUGUGUUGCUUUAAUUUGUUGAUGUGA